AAUCUACUUAAAUAUUUAUUACCUCCUCUCUUCAUAAUGUCUCGCUUGAUUCUCCACGGCCACUUGUUCUCUCAGCCAGUAAGAACCUGCCUUUGGGCUCUAAGGACCCUGGGAGUACAACAUAAGUUCCAGAGUCAUGAGCUGUUCGUGGAUACUAGGAGUCACAAGUUUACCAAAAAUAUUAAUAUCUUUGGAAAAGUUCCCGUUCUUGAUAUCGAUGGCACCCUUAUCACCCAGAGUAACACCAUUCUCAGAUACAUAGCUAAUGAAUACGAUACGGAAGGAGACCUUCUGCCAAGGGAUAAUAACCUGAAGAGAGCCAAAGCAGAGGAAAUUAUGGAUAUUUGUGCGACAAACUUAAGAACAGCUACAAUGGGAGCUUGAAACCCAAUAGCCAUUCUUCCAAUGUUUAUGGGAGAGGAAAAGAUUGACAAGAAUGGAGAGAUGUUGGCCAUGGGCAGUGUCCGUAGGACCCUGGAUUUACUGACUCAAAAGCUUGCUGACAAGCCCUUCUUUACAGGAGAAAAGAUGUAUGUAGGGGAUGUUCAUAUCUAUAAUGAAUUGAUGACUGCAGAGUCUCUUUUAAAUCUCAAUUUAGCUAAAGAUCAUCUCAAGCUAAAGAAGUUCUUCGAUAGAGUUGAAGAGGAUGAUAAGAUAACUGAGAUAAAAAAGGAAGCACACGAGCUUUGGGAUUCUUUUAUCGAAUCGAAAAAGUAACUCAUUUGGUCAUAAAAUUUUGCCAUUCCUUGCUGAAGAUUUUCUCUUUUAUCAGGAUACGAUUUUGUAAGAAUUUAGAGAUGAUGGAUCUAGAAUGCUUAUAACAAUGCUUUUCA